UUGCGUGUGGUCUUAUUCAUCACAUUGAAUACUGCAUUAUUCACUUUUGCUCCUCAUCCACAAACUCUUUACUUGGGGUCGACCAAAAGACACAAAGAUGCCCGAAGUCGCCCCACCUCAACAACAACAGCCCAUGGAGGCCCCAGCGUCCGGGCCCAUCGUCAACAGACAGCCCACUGGCGAGGCACCCAUGACGAUGAGUAUCCGCGGCGGCGACGGCGAGGACUGUGACUGCUGCUGCCUCUGCUGUAACUUUGGCUGUGGAGAUGACGACAGGCCGCCUGAGGGAGGUGGUUUCGGCGGGCCAGGAGGGCCAGGAGGGCCAGGAGGGCCGGAGGGUCCAGGUGGAUGGGGCGGUGGUGGCCCCGGAGGUCCUGGAGGGCCGGAAGGACCCGGUGGUUGGGGCGGUGGUGGCCCUGGUGGCCCAGGAGGACCUGGGGGUCCUGGAGGACCGGGUGGUCCGCCGCCGGGAUAUUAAUCGGCUUUUGUGGUGGUAUGGGAGGUCGAAACAGAUUUCUUGAUACCUUUAAGGGGGAGUGAAGGAAGCGAGGAUGAGGACAAGAGGCGAGACAUGAGCUCUGACAGAAAGGACUCGCAAGCUAAGGAAAGGCUUGGCUGGGCUCUGAACCAGCCUAAGCUAGACGAGACGCCCAUAGUAUCUAGGGCGU